CCCUAGCGGUCGAGGGACCGCGCCAGCGGCUCCGCCCGCAGUUCCUGCACAGCUGCGCUCCCGGCGGCAGGGCCAGGGGCAGCUCCGGGACAGGUGACACCGAGCGGAACCAUCGGAUAACACAGGCAGGCAGGGCCGGGAGCUCCGCGGGCCGUAACCCCGCGAGGCAGGAGGCAGGGAGGCGGUUUCGACUCGGCCCAGGGUCGACCUCCGCGGCUUUGCGCUUUUCCGGUUUCAAGGAUGGGGCGGGGCCUACGGUGCACCGUCAGCCACUCUGGUGCGUGACGGGACGGUGACGCCACGGCGCCUCUUCCACGCCUCUUUCCGGGGUCCGCACCGAGGGACAGAAUCUGGGUUGCGCGGCCAGCCAACCGCGCUCGCGUAUGCAAAUACCCGCAGGCCCCUCCUCCAGGCGCCGCUCGCGCGGUCCUCCGGCCUGCGGAUCCCGGUCCAGGCGCUCAGGCCCUGAUGCCAUUUGCAAUUCGCGCCCUGCCGCCGGGGGUCGCCAGAGCGCUACGGCACCAUGCAUGCCUGCCCCGGAGCGUCCGCAGCCCCGCGCCGGACGGCCGCACUGCCAGUCCAGGCCCAGUGAGCUCUGCACGAGGCCCCGGAAGAUCGUGUUUGCGGAUGAGCUGCAACUCCGGGCCGCACUGCACCCAGAGAAGCAUCCCAGGGAUCUGGGACCCCGCCCCAACCCAGUGCCUGACUACGAGCUUAAGUACCCACCAGUGACCAGCAGAAGAGACCGAAGCCGCUAUGCCGCAGUGUUUCAGGACCAGUACGAAGAGUUCUUGGAGCUCCAGCGGCAGGUGGGGGCCAUGCAGGCUAAGCUCCAGCAACUGGAGGCUCUGCUGCUGUCACUGCCCCCGCCGCGAAGCCAGAAGGAGGUUCGAAUGGCAGCUCAUGUCAAGAGAGAGUUUGAGAAGAAGCAGGUGGAUCCUGGUUUCCUGGAUAAGCAAGCUCGCUGUGACUACCUGAAGGGUAAACUGAGGCACCUCAAGGCCCAGAUCCGCAAAUUUGAUGACCAAAGGGACAGCAACAGUGAGAACUCCGUGUACUUCUGAGUGUCUUAGACAUGGUGGUCGGCUCCUCUUCCCACGGGGAACCACACCAGUUCUUCCAGGGAAAGCAAGUCCUGUUGAGAAUCCCAGAGAAUAAACAUGGAUUAGACACCUAC